CACUCCGCUCCUGACGUGGCGGAGCGCGAGUCGCACGCGUACACCUUCCUCCGCCCCGCGUGGGCCUCGGCUAUUGGCCGCGCGUGCCCGUGUGCUGUCUGCGCGCCGACGCAGGUGCCAAAACCGAAACUUCUCCUCAUGCAAAUAUUAACGGACUGCUUUAAUGCGCGUGCUCCUGACACACCGCCGAAGUGUAGGUGAACUUUACCGACCCGAAUCGCGCGUGCUUCGUCUCUGGUUAUAAACUUUACUACACAGUCCGUGCGCUCGCGCCGUCACUGCAGAUCACGUGAUGCCGCAGGUGACGGGGCCCGUGCUGCUGCAGCUCGCGCUGCUCCUGUGCGCUCUGCCCGCGCAGUACCUCAUCAUGGAGUGGACCAGCGGAACCGCCGCACAGCGCAGACUGGCCACACAGGGGAUCCUUGAUGCGUGGAAAAGCAUGAGGAAAUCGUAUCUAAACGUGACUAUCUGGGUAGACUGGAUCACUUCCUGGAUGCCCAAACUUCCACUGUUGGGAGCGGAGGAGGAGCUGGAGGAGAUGCAUGGAGAGAUCAUGGCGCUGGAGAUUCUGAUGCAGAGUAAUGAGCACGGCUACUUUGCAGCUUCAGAGGUGACGCGCAGCCCCAGGCCAGCGUAUGUGCUGCACCGUGUUGGAGAGGUCGUCAUAGAGACCCAGAAUCACAUGGUGGGGGUGAUAGUGGGCUGGGAUGAAGGACUCCGAGCUCCUCCAGAGUGGUUAAGGAGGAAAAAAUACACAGACUCAGAGGUGAAAAGAUUGGAGGACACCCCACACUACAAAAUUUUGUUCAGUGGACCUGAUCCGUCCUCUCUGAUGAUUGGAUACUUGCCCCAAAAUUCACUCCAACUCUUUGAGGGAUACAGGAAAUCCCCACUCUGGAUCAGUAUUUCUCUCACUUUGACGGGAAAAAAUUUGUGAUGCUCGACUGGCUGAGAGACAUCUACCCUGAGGACUGAGAGAGAAACGGAGACCGACACACCAGCAUGUCGGAUCACACUGAUAUGUUGAUGGUACGGUGUGAAAGUCGUUCUGUUGUGAAUUAGCACAUGUCACUUUGAGCACAGCUCUCCUCACUCUCGUGCCUUGGAGUCUGCUGAUGGAGUGUGGAUGUGAUUUAGGCUGUGACCAUGCUUCAGCGCUUUUACAGUUAGGACUGCAAAUUCAGGGAUGAUUAACACAAAUAAAUAAAUUACAACUAACUAUGUGAGUGAAUCAGAUGAAGGACUGGCUCACAGAGAGGGACAUUUUAUUUUUCUAUUAUUUAAUUGCCUCUGUUUGUUAAACAUACACUGGGUUUUUCAUGAAUGUAAUUCAGAUCAUUGCGGUUUAAAGAAUCCUCAGUACUGUGCAAUGGAUUUUUAACAUACUUUUAAACAGUGUUCUCAAGAAUAUGUCAACUAGAAGUGAAACCACACACCUGAGCUAAUUAAGUGUUGUUUGUUUUUUGCCAUUUGCUUAUGUAUGGUAUGUGUUACAGCUGCUCAGGAUGUAUGAUAUUUGCAUUAUUGGGCCUCAGAGGGUUUAGUUUUGAUUACUUUGGGAUUAGAUGGGGAGUGAGUACUGUUUGUACUAUCAGGAAAAGAAAGAAAAAAAAGUGGGGAAGGAUAAACUAGCCUUGAAUCUGGAGGCAACAGCACAGUUCAGUAUAAUUUCUAUUAUUAAAAGCAGCCAUGCCUUGUGAAAUUCAGGGUCUUUCAGCAGAUUAUUUGCCUAAAAGUUUGUCCAUUUUUCAGUCUCUAGUCUAAAUAAAUGGUUAAGAUUCA